CCCGGCAGCUGCAGCGCGGGCGAACCCUCGGCGCAGCGCUUUCUCCAGCACACGCAGUCCGCCUAGAGACCUGUUCGAGUGCCGAGGCUACUCCGAGAGCCCAGCGUGCUCGGAGCCCGCGGGACCUGGAGCCUGCGGGACCCGGAUCAGCCCUGCGUCGAAGGGGCGUCUUGCAUCCGUUGACUUUGGAGGCCUCGCCGAGUGGGGGCCACGCGAGACAGUGGCCACAACUGAGGAAGAGCCCGAUGUGCAAAGCAGGUGUGAAAGCCAGGCAGGCAGCAGCCUCAGAGAUGAAGACCUGUACCUGGGACCAGUGGACACCAGUACGUACGUGGGGUUGAACCACGCUGCCCUGUGGCCACAGGCUUCUGGCCCUGAGAACAUGACAACAGCCCAGAAUGGCCAUGGGCGAGUUGCUGCAAUCCCCUGUUCAGUCUUGGAACCACCAGACCCCAACACGGUGAUUUACCCGGCCUGUCAGAAGGGAGAAUGCGGUGGCGACACGGAAACCCAGGACUCCAGGCUGGGCCCCGCCAAGCUUGUGCGCCUCUUCUCAGUGAGCAGGAAGAAGACAGGUGCCAACCCCGAGAGGCCCCGCUCCAUGGUGCUGAUGGGGCACUCCUCCACCUGGAAUGCCCUGGCCUCCUUUCGGAAGAUGGGAUCUUUUAAAAAACUGAAGUCCUCUGUCCUUCAGGGAAUUCAAAACCGAGAGGGGCCCUAUGCAGCCAAAGAGGAGGCCUCAGAGCCUGAUUUGGGCCCAGUCCUCCCCAAUGGGACAGCUGUGAUAAUCCCAGCAGACAGGUGUGGCUCCUCGGAAGCUGCCAGUGGGCUCCCCCAACCUGGCCCUGCAUCGGACAGCUCGGAGCCGGAGCCAGAGGAGGCGGACGACGCCUUCCAGAGGAGCACGCACCGCUCCCGCAGCCUACGCAGAGCCUAUGGCCUGGGCCGCAUCAGCCUCUGGGACUUCGAGCACCACGGCCUGCCCUUGCCCUCUGCCAUCCAAGAGCCCCCAGUGUGCGCCAUCCUUGUGAAAGACUCCGAGAAUAACAGCAUCUCCUCCCAAAGGAGCAAGAGCACGGACAACCUGAACUUCCUGAGGAAGGGCUCCUUCAAAAGGAAGUCUGCCUCCAACCUCUCGGACCUGAGGAUGGUGCCCGACAGGCCCACAACCCAACGAACACUAAGCAGCUGCUCUGCAGACUCAGAGAAGCUCGGAGGGUCCGAGAGGAGGACAAAACGCUGGAAGAGCCCCAUCAGGGCCAAGGACUUUGACCGGGUCCUCAAGCUGGUGAGCAGUGCCACAGAGGCAGCCUUGAAGCGAGAGCGACCUAGGAGUCGGGUGGCCAGCCCCAGUGACACUUCCCCGAGGCCCAGGCCCUGCAGCCACCUGCACGAGGACUACUCGCGCCGGGUGUCCAGCAGUGUGGAGCUGGAGCGCAGGAGGUGUGCCAUGGCCCCAGGCUUCAGCCCGGCCUGCCCACGGGGCCCGCAGCUGGACGUGGACACCUCGGUGUUUCCUCUGGAGGCUCAGAGCACCGGUCCUUGCGCUGGCAGCUCAACCCCAAGUUCAAUUGCCCAGGAAUUAUCGCACCAAGAUUCCCAGGAACCAAAACCUGCCAGCCAGUUUAUGUUGGAACCUGAGCAUCCUCUCACGCCGCUAAGGCCCACCACACCCAAGCCCCCUAGUCCUCAGAGCCCAGGCACAGGAAAUGCCAAGUGUGCCAACAAUCUCAGUGCACUGUCCCUGAGUUCAGUGGACAGUGACGAGAGGGCAGAAGGUCUUGUGUCCUUCCCAGAUUCGGUGCAAGCCACAUGUGACAAAGGCAGUAAGGAUAGUGGUUCCAGCAGCCACCCUCAGCUGAGCCUCAGUGGGUCUUCGGGUCUAGAAGAAAAGGAGGAGGAGGUUUUUACUGAGGAAUCCUGGAGGCGGGGCUCAUCCCUGGAGGAAGAAAGGACAGAGGCUCAGAGGAUCUCAGUCUCCAGGAGGAGAUGGGGCUCUGGGAGAAGGUCAAGGCCUCGACCACUCUCAGACUACGGGCAGCUGGCCAGCCGAAGUCUGUCUAUUCCUGAAGACUCCAUUGCUGUGGACCCCCAGAAGGAGGAUAUUGUGGACAGUGGCUACCAGCUGAGCAUGGCCUCCAUGGUGCCUGCAGGCCAGAAGGCUGCCUUGUGCUGCUCUAGAGGAGGCCAGAGAAGACGCCCCAUCUCUGUGAUAGGUGGGGUCAGCUUCUGUGGGAACAGCCAGACAGAAGCAAUAGAGAAUCUUCUAACCCAACCUGCAGCCAGGCCUCCUGUGCCAGCUCACCAGGUGCCACCCUACAAAGCAGUUUCUGCCCGGCUCCGGCCAUUCACAUUUUCCCAGAGCACCCCCAUUGGGCUGGACCGCGUAGGACGCCGGCGGCAGAUGAGAGCAUCCAACAUUUCCUCAGAUGGUGGCACUGAGUCUUCUGCCUUAGUGGAUGACAACGGCAGCGAGGAGGACUACAGCUAUGAAGACCUCUGCCAGGCCAAUCCCAGAUACCUGCAGCCGGGUGGGGAGCAGCUGGCCAUCAAUGAGCUGAUCAGCGAUGGCAGUGUGGUGUGUGCGGAAGCUCUGUGGGACCACGUGACCAUGGAUGACCAGGAGCUGGGCUUCAAGGCAGGAGAUGUCAUCCAGGUUCUAGAAGCCUCUAACAAGGACUGGUGGUGGGGCCGGAGCGAGGACAAGGAAGCCUGGUUCCCUGCCAGCUUCGUCAGACUGCGAGUCAAUCAGGAAGAGCUGUCAGAGAAUUCCAGCAGCACCCAGGGUGAGGAGCCGGAGGAGGAUGCUGGCAGAAACCGCCAUAAACACUCAGAGAACAAGCACCAGAUGAGGACUAACGUCAUCCAGGAGAUCAUGAACACGGAGCGGGUGUACAUCAAGCACCUCAAAGACAUCUGUGAGGGCUAUAUACGGCAGUGUCGCAAGCAUACGGGAAUGUUUACUGUUGCACAAUUAGCCACCAUUUUUGGAAACAUUGAAGACAUUUACAAAUUCCAAAGAAAGUUCCUGAAAGACCUUGAGAAACAGUAUAAUAAAGAGGAACCUCAUUUAAGUGAAAUAGGAUCCUGCUUUCUUCAACAUCAAGAGGGCUUUGCGAUCUAUUCUGAGUACUGUAACAACCACCCCAGAGCCUGCACUGAGCUGUCCAGCCUGAUGAAGCAGGGCAGGUACCGGCACUUCUUUGAGGCCUGCCGCCUGCUGCAGCAGAUGAUCGACAUUGCUAUUGACGGCUUCCUGCUCACGCCGGUGCAGAAGAUCUGCAAGUACCCGCUGCAGCUGGCGGAGCUGCUCAAGUACACCACACAGGAGCACAGUGAUUACAGUAACAUAAAGGCAGCAUAUGAGGCCAUGAAGAACGUAGCCUGUUUGAUCAAUGAGCACAAACGCAAACUGGAAAGCAUAGACAAGAUAGCGCGGUGGCAGGUGUCCAUUGUAGGCUGGGAGGGACAGGACACUUUAGACCGAAGCUCAGAACUGAUCCAUUCUGGGGAGCUAACCAGGAUCACUAAGCAAGGGAAGAGCCAGCAGCGGACAUUCUUUCUGUUUGACCACCAGCUGGUGUCCUGCAAGAAGGACCUGCUGCGCAGGGACAUGCUCUAUUACAGGGGCCGUGUGGACAUGGAUGACAUGGAGCUAGUGGACCUAGAGGACGGGCGGGACAAGGACUGGAAUCUCAGCCUGAAAAAUGCCUUCAAGCUUGUCAGCAAAACCACUGAUGAAGUUCAUCUGUUUUGUGCCAAGAAACAAGAAGACAAGGCGAGGUGGCUGCAGGCUUGCAAGGAUGAAAGGAGACGGGUGCAGGAGGACCGGGAGAUGGGAAUGGAAAUUUCUGAAAAUCAAAAGAAGCUUGCCAUGUUAAAUGCUCAAAAGGCAGGACAUGGAAAGUCAAAAGGCUACAGUGGAUGCCCUGCCGCCCCACCACACCAGAGCUUGCACCCCAUUCAUCAGCGCCACAUCACCAUGCCCACCAGCGUCCCUCAGCAGCAGGUGUUCGUCCUGGCAGAACCCAAGAGGAAGCCUUCGCUGUUCUGGCACACAUUCCAUAAACUCACCCCUUUCAAGAAAUGAAAACAGGGAGGGCUGCACUUCAACUGUGCACAAUCCAAGGACAGUCUUUGGACCCAGUGCUGAAAACUUCUUUUGGGGAUGAAUAACAGAGAAGGACUUGGACUCGCCUUCAGUCUUCAGAGACACAGCUGCCUCCUUGGAAGGGGGAGAAGGUGGUGAUUCUUUCACGUACACAGGAACCCUCUGUGACCUGUGCCAAGGCAGCCAAGACUGAGGACCUGGUGACAUACUCUAAAGUGAGUGCUGAGCAGAGGGCCCUGCGAGCCUCACUGGUGAUGAGUGCUGUGCGCAGCCCAGGUCCAAAGUGCCAUGAAUAAGGGCAGGAUGGUGUGGUGCUUUUGCAUUUGAUUUGAAGGCAAUGGUAGUCCUGGGAUUGGGACAAUACUACCUGUCGCUGGCAUGGGUAAGCCGCAUCUCUCUUCCAUGGUAUUAGGAAGGGACUUACUGCAGAUGUGGUGUCCCGGGUGUCAUCUGAACCUACACAUUUGCCACUGUGGUAGUGCAGUCUUCAUCCUGCCAGGUUCCUCUCCCCUACAGGCUGGAGGGGGAAACAGGAUGAGCCUGUUGUGUGGCAGGGAGGUCUGCAAGGAAGAGUGACUUCAGUCUCCUAAUGGUAAAGCUGUUUUCCAGAGAGGGAGGGAGGCAGAGGAAGUCCUACAUGGGCUAGAUUGGCCCUUCUCAAGUCAGGUACACUUCUACGCACAUGCAGUGUGUGACUCCAUGACCAGAAACCAUGUCUACUCACACAUCAUAAACUAAAACUAUUCAAACAUAUCCACUUGCAAUAUAAAAACCCAUUCAUUUUAAUUUUAUGGUAAAGUGAGUAUGCGAAUGCACCAAUCAAAAGGCAUUCUCACUCCAUCAGUUAUUCCUGGUACCCUUAAUAAUUAAGCUAUAAUGGCAUUUACAUUCCCCUGAGAAAGCAGGAGCUUCUGAGCAGUCCGGCUGUGGAUGUGGAGCCCACUUGGUUGCAUGAACCCAAAUAGCAGUGCUGACCAUGCCACUACUAGCAUGUCAUCAGGUUUCUCAAGAGUCCCUCUUUAUAAAAGAGAACUUAACAAAAUAUAUCUAGACUCAGAGAGAGCAGUCUUUUUUUAAUGAGGGCCACAUGGUCUGAUACCAAUCAAUAGUUUUUUCCUAGUCUAUAUUGUAAAUUUUGAUGAAACUAACUUUUAAAUAUGUCUGGAGAAGACAGACUCUGCAAGCAAGAUGCCACUGUAAUUUACUUAGUGCACUGGAUGGGAGAGUAUUGUAUGGCACAAUUUGUGGUUUUCUAUUUGAGAAUCUCUUUUUUGUAUGCUACUCUCAGAAAGUUCUUUUUUCUACCAGACCCAUGCUUGAGAAUAAACAAACCUGUGCUGUCAAACACAAAGGUGUAUGUAAUCUGAGUCUCUGGGUGUGCAAUUCCUCCCCUUCUUUCUCCUUCCUCACGCUCAGAGCUGUUCCUGAAGGAGGUGAAGUCCUGCAACAAAGGGACAAAAUCCUGGGCCUCUCCAGUGAGGCUCAGCGCAGCGUCCUGCAGCAGUGUCAGAAACUCAUUCCUGUUCUUGAGCCUGCCCUGCACCUCCGGGCCCUCAGUGCAGUAUUGGCAGGAGGUCACACUGGCCCGUGGCCAGCAACCCCAGCCACUGCCGUGAGGAGGCUUCUCAGGAGGUGCUGUGAGUGCAUGCAUGAGUGUGUGUGUUUCGUUUUUGAGAAGAAAUCUCAAUUUUAGUUACAUUUAUAUAACUGACCUUUUUACUAACAAAAAAUGUUAUGUUUUGUAAACCAUACUAAAUAUGCUUUUUGUAGGCCCCUCAGCAAAAACUCUAGGGGUCUGUGUGCUAAAGUAGAGUUCUUUGUAUAUACAGCAGUUUUGAACAAUUGGUUGUGUUUUGUUUUUAAUAUAAGAGAAUUACAUUAAGGAAGCAAAGAGAAUUAUUUGCUUAGGUUAUGUUUUAAAUGAAUAUUCAGUGAGUAAAGAACCACUCAGUGGGCUUCCAUUUGCUAAUAUUUAUUAAUGGGCAAUGAAGAAAUGCUUUAAGUUCUGUGACAAGUCCUGACUUAUUUCUCAGCUGAGCCCUGACUUUAGUCCCCACCUCUCGCUCAUGGACUCCUAACAAGAACAGGAAGCUCAGACCCUGGCUGGUGUGUAGCUCAGUGGAUUGGGUGCUGACCUGCAAACCAAAGGGUUACAGGUUUGAUUCCCAGAUCAGGGCCCAUGCCUGGAUUGUGAGCCAGGUCCCCAGUAUGGGGUGUGUGAGAGGCAGCCACACAUUAAUUUUUCCUUCUCUUUCUCCCUCCCUUCCCUUCUGUCUAAAAAUAAAUAAAAAUCUUAAAAAAGAGAGAGAGAGAAGAAGAAGAACAGGGAGCUCAGAUACCCAGGCCUGCAGGGCCCCUAGGGCCUGUCAGCUCUGUACCCUGUGAGAAUCACCUGAUCAAAGAUCUGUUCUGGAGAUCUGUUCUGGGUGGGUCCUGCUUGGGUUUUCAGUUGAUUUUGAAAACUGCUAAAAUAGAUUUGAAAGGACAGAACGUCCUUUGACUUCUUUAAGUUGACAUGUCUAACUUCAGUUGUUUUACUAAAUGCCAGAGUUGUAUAAAGAAUAGAUGGCUCAAGUAGCCUAAUUUUGGUUUGCCAAACUUCCUUCUUGACUUAACUCUCAUGUUCCACUUCAAAAAGUAUAGAAAAAAACAGUCUCUAUACAGAUUAUGUAUGAAUUUCAUUGGGUAUUUCACUUUCUCUUUCUUUCACUUUUUUGGACCCUACAUUGCACAACAUGGGAGACCGAAAAAAGAAGAGAUGAUAUAGAAUUUCGAUGAACUUCACCUAUUCCAUCAUUCAUAUUUCAGAAUUUGACAACUCUGUCAAAAGGCAGUUGCUCUGGCCUUGGGUCAAGAGUAACCUCCUCAAUCUUGAUCAUACCUAAAAUGUAGGACAAUCUUGCAACAGGUAAAAAAAAAUCAUAAAAUAGAAUGUUUAUAAAAUCCUGGAGAAGUGGCAUUCUUUGUCUUUGGGCUGAAAACUAGAAAAAGAGUGGCAGCAGCUUGCCAGGGCUUUGAUGGGACCAUCUGUAUAGUUCAUUUCCAGUAGAACUGAUCUUUUUCACCUGGACCUGAUAUUAUAGUUGAAAACAUUCCAUUUCCAUCUCCCCACUAUUUGUGAAUAUUAUUGUAUCUUUCUGUACCUAAUCUAGAUGAAGACUAAUUUAGUGCCUGUUCAGAAAAUCCCUUCGAUACUAGACACAGCAAAAGUGCACUUCAUUGAAAAUUUGGUUCACAAUAGAAAUCUUUCAUAAAAGCCUUGAGAUGCGAUAUUUUAUCAAUUGGAGAUAAUAACGUGCCCACACUGCUGAUAUUCCUCAAUAAAAUCAACUUACUUAGCCAGAGUAGAACAGCCUAACUACCUGGGGUUAGGGGGGAAAUUGCUGUGUUAUUUUUUGUUGAGGAGAGAAACAGAUGUGUCCCUCACAGGACAGUGCCAGCAAGUGUGAAUAAAUGUCCUUUCCAGGCUACGGGACACACACAAACCAACCAGGACAAAUUGCACAAACACAGUUGUCCCCAGCAAUGAGCUUCACCUACAUAUGGUCCCUCUGUUAAAGUAUCACUUGGCUAAUGCUGCACUCAGGAUGGAUGUGGUGAAGGUGGAGUUCAAAAGACUUCAGGAGAAAAAAAAAAGAAAAACUAUCUGACCUUGAAAAACCCCAAAGUUUAAAUAUUUGAUGCAAAUGUAUAUAGCUACAACAUACAUAACAAUAUUGCCUUUAGUUAUUCCAUAGGCAUCAACAUUUGUAUUUAGAAAAUACUUCAUUUAAUUCUGUGAUUUCAUAAUUCAUUCCUUUUAUAAGUGUUAGAGUCAUUCACGUUUGACUUAACGUACUUGCAAGGCUUUUGGUAACCUUUUCAUUUUAACUCAUCAACACCAAAAUGAUGUGAUCUGUGUGAGUUGUGACAGCUCCCAAACUGGUGGGCUGGCUGUGGACAGCUGAAAGGUGUCAUACAAGAGCGCUAUGACUUGAAAUGUAUUUUUGUUGAAUGAAGUUUUUAUAAAAAUAUAUACAUAUAUUUACAACAUUAUUUGAAUGAUUUCUUGUAAAUGCUGUGAAUCUAUAUUUGUUUCAUAUCUGUAUAUUAAAAUUAAUUUGCCAAA